AUGUUUGGGUGUGGUCUCCAAUUCCAAUUCCAAGCCAAGUCAAGUGGUCUCAAUUCCAAGCAAAGUCAAGGAGACCCAAUUUCAAGCGAAGUCAAAUGGUCUCUAUCUCAACUCAAGUCAACUAAGACUCAACUUCACAAGGAAGUUUGUAUUCUCUUAUCACUCACUUGCGUGGUCCAAAAACAGCCGGGUCAAGUUCCUUGUCAACCGGGUCAAGCUCCUUUUCUGCCGGGUCAAGAAGCUUAA